AUGUCGGCUCUCAUUCUUGCCACAGGGUUGACGUCUGAAGCCUUCUUGCCGCACUUCGACGGUCAAGAGACCUUUGGUGGCCCGAUAUUCCAUAUCAAGGAUUUUCCACAGAAUAAGGCCACCUUAGGGACUGCGAAAUCUGUUACUAUUUUGGGUGCUACCAAGUCAGCUUGGGAUGCUGCAUAUGCAUACUCCACCGCGGGAGUGAAAGUCAAUUGGAUUAUCCGAUCAACUGGCCGUGGCCCAUGCUGGAUGUCGCCCCCAUAUGUGACAUCACUGAAAAAGUGGAUUGAGAAGCUCGCAAAUAUUCGCUUGCUAACAUGGUUCAGUCCAUGUAUAUUCAGUGAAGCUGGUGGAUACACGGGCAUUCGUAGUUUUCUCCAUGGUACUGCCGUUGGCAGAGCCAUUGCCAAUCGCUUUUGGGGCGUACUAGGCGGAGACGUCAUAACGCUCAUGGCAUUCGACAAGCACCCAGAAACCGCAAAACUGAAAUCAUGGAUCGAUGCCAUGUUCAUAGGAGCCAGCUUCAGUAUCCUCAAUUAUGACACCGAUUUUCUCGACCUUGUUAAGCAGGGCGACAAAAUCACGAUCCGGCUUGGUGAAGUUCAUCACCUAGUCCGGGCAUGGAAACAUGUUCCACCCAUGAAGUUCCUCCCUGAAGGAAUUGACAAAGAACUCGGGCUCCCCCACUUGCCAUUGGACAAUGCUCCAAUGGAGGAUCUCUCCAAUCAACAAGACCUCAUCAAACAUGCUGACGAGGAGGGCAUCGAGUCUAAGGAUAAAGUGAUGCCCUGGACUCCGCUGACACCAUACAUGCUACACCAUUUCCUCGUGCCACCUUCUGAGCGCUUCAUGCAAGUACGAGACAUAGCGUUUGCUGGCAUGGUCAGCAACUUCAGCAACACCCUCACUGCGCAUCUGCAAGGCCUCUGGAUCGGCGCGUACUCCUCCGGCCUCCUAGUAAAUGACCCCGCGAAAGCCAUCCGGGAUGAUGCGGCAAUGCAGAAACUCCGAUAUGACACGGUGCUAUACAAUCGGUUUGGCAAGUGGCGAUAUCUAACGCACUGGGGUAGUAAUAUUUUCGAUGCCGUACCAUACCUCGACCUGCUGCAGCGCGAUCUGGGGCUUGAGCCACGCCGUAAGGGAGGUGUAAUGGCAGAGAUAUGGGGUCCAUACGGACACGAUGGCUAUCGGGAUAUCAAUGCGGAGUGGCUGCGAAAGUGUGGAAGCCUCAAGAAGGCCAUGUAG